AUGAGCGGAAGAGAUUUACGGAAAUUUACAAAUCACCAUUCUGCCAUCAAAGCGUCGAAAUCAGCUCUGGAGUCAAUGGAUUCCUUCUUUGCCCAGCUUCAACUGAAGACUUCUCAGAAAAAGUUUUAUGAACAAACGUGGUUCUUGAUUCUUGUGGGAGCUGUCCUUCUUCUUCUCAUUCUCGGAAUUGGGGCCUUUUUUGUGAUACGAAGUCGUAAAACGAAAGAGCCACGAGAAUUGAAUUCUUCAAAAUGUGACAAAGUCUCGUAUUUAUUGUACUGCAUUACUAGCAGAGAUGAGCGGAAGAGAUUUACGGAAAUUUACGGAAGACGUUUUAUCUUCGAAAUGAAAAAUGCUACCAAAAAGCUGUCAACAGACAAAAUGUAG